GUCGCCACCGCCGCGCCGAGUCCUUUUGUCCAAGAUGGCGGCGCCGGGGGCGCUGCCUCCUCAGCUGCCGCCGCCGCCGCUGUGAGGAGCCUGCGGGCCGCCCGCCCGCCGCGCCAAGGCCAUGAAGCGGCAGAGCGAGCGAGACUCGAGCCCGAGCGGGCGCGGCUCGUCAUCGUCGGCCAAGCGGCCGCGGGAGCGCGAACGAGAGGCGGAGGCGGGCGGGCGGCGGGCAGCGCACAAGGCCUCCGGCGGCGCCAAGCACCCGGUUCCAGCGCGAGCUCGCGACAAACCCCGCGGUAGCGGGGGCGGCGGGGGCGGGCAUCGCGAUGGCCGGGGCGCUGGGGACGCGAAUCACCGUGCGAGCAGCGGCCGCUCCUCGGGCUCUGGCGCUGGCGGUGGGGGACGCGGCGGCAAGGCCUCGGGGGACCCGGGCGCCUCAGGCGCAUCUCCCCGCGCGUCUCCACUGCCGCCGCCGCCGCCGCUGCCUGGGGUCGAGCCCGCGGGGCCCGGCUCAUCGGCGAUCGCGCCCGAGUACAAGACGCUGCUCAUCAGCAGCCUGAGCCCCGCGCUGCCCGCCGAACACCUGGAGGACCGGCUCUUCCACCAGUUCAAGCGUUUCGGCGAGAUCAGCCUUCGCCUGUCGCACACACCUGAGCUGGGCCGUGUGGCCUACGUGAACUUCCGGCACCCGCAGGACGCGCGCGAGGCCCGCCAGCACGCACUGGCCCGCCAGCUGCUGCUCUACGACCGCCCGCUCAAGGUAGAGCCGGUGUACCUGCGCGGCGGCGGCGGCGGGAGCAGCCGGAGAAGCAGCAGCAGCAGCGCUGCCGCUUCCACGCCGCCCCCGGGACCGCCCGCGCCCGCCGACCCGCUUGGCUACCUGCCGCUGCACGGAGGCUACCAGUACAAGCAGCGCUCGCUGUCCCCGGUAGCUGCCCCGCCCCUGCGGGAGCCCCGUGCCCGCCACGCUGCCGCAGCCUUUGCCCUGGAUGCUGCUGCCGCCGCUGCUGUGGGACUGUCGCGGGAGCGGGCCCUGGACUACUACGGGCUGUACGACGACCGCGGGCGCCCCUACGGCUACCCGGCUGUGUGCGAGGAGGACCUCAUGCCCGAGGACGACCAGCGGGCCACACGCAAUCUCUUCAUUGGGAACCUGGACCACAGUGUAUCUGAGGUGGAGCUGCGACGGGCCUUUGAGAAGUACGGCAUCAUUGAGGAGGUGGUCAUCAAGAGGCCUGCCCGUGGCCAGGGUGGUGCUUAUGCCUUCCUCAAGUUCCAGAACUUGGACAUGGCCCAUAGGGCUAAGGUGGCCAUGUCGGGGCGGGUGAUUGGCCGCAACCCCAUUAAAAUAGGUUAUGGCAAGGCCAACCCUACCACACGCCUCUGGGUGGGUGGCCUGGGACCUAACACCUCACUGGCGGCUCUAGCCCGGGAGUUUGACCGCUUUGGGAGCAUUCGGACCAUUGAUCACGUCAAAGGAGAUAGCUUUGCCUACAUCCAGUAUGAGAGUUUGGACGCAGCCCAGGCCGCCUGUGCUAAAAUGAGGGGCUUUCCUUUGGGUGGUCCAGACCGCAGGCUCCGUGUGGAUUUUGCCAAAGCAGAGGAGACUCGGUAUCCCCAGCAGUACCAGCCCUCACCCCUCCCUGUGCAUUAUGAGCUUCUCACAGAUGGAUAUACCCGUCACCGAAACCUGGAUGCCGACCUGGUGCGGGAUAGGACCCCCCCACACCUCCUGUACUCAGACCGAGACCGGACCUUUUUGGAAGGGGAUUGGACCAGCCCCAGUAAAAGCUCCGACCGCCGGAACAGCCUGGAGGGCUACAGCCGCUCAGUGCGCAGCCGGAGUGGUGAGCGCUGGGGGGGAGAUGGGGACCGUGGCAUGCCCAAACCCUGGGAAGAGAGGCGAAAGCGGAGGAGCCUUUCCAGUGACCGUGGGAGGACAACCCACUCCCCUUAUGAGGAACGGAGCAGGACCAAGGGUGGUGGGCAGCAGUCAGAGCGAGGCUCGGACCGUACCCCUGAGCGCAGCCGCAAGGAGAACCACACCAGUGACAGCACCAAGGAGUCAGGCAGCAACUCCCUCAGCAACAGCAGACAUGGGGCUGAGGAGCGGGGCCACCACCACCACCACCACGAGGCUCCAGACUCUUCCCACGGAAAAAAGAUGAGAGAGAGCGAGCGCAAUCAUCGGACCACUGAGGCGGAACCCAAGCCUCUGGAAGAGCCAAAACAUGAGACCAAAAAGCUAAAGAAUCUUUCAGAGUAUGCUCAGACACUACAGCUGGGUUGGAAUGGGCUUCUCGUGUUGAAAAACAGCUGCUUCCCAACAUCUAUGCACAUCCUAGAGGGGGACCAGGGGGUUAUCACAGGUCUCCUCAAAGACCACACUUCUGGGAGCAAGCUGACCCAGCUGAAGAUUGCCCAGCGCCUUCGACUGGACCAACCCAAGCUCGACGAGGUCACACGACGCAUCAAGCAGGGGAGCCCCAAUGGCUACGCAGUCCUGCUAGCCACCCAGGCGACCCCCAGUGGGCCUGGCACUGAGGGGAUGCCCACAGUGGAGCCAGGCCUGCAGAGGCGGCUUCUCAGGAACCUGGUCUCCUACUUGAAACAGAAGCAGGCCGCAGGGGUGAUCAGCCUGCCAGUGGGUGGGUCCAAGGGCAGAGACAGCACAGGCAUGCUCUAUGCCUUCCCACCCUGCGACUUUUCACAGCAGUACCUCCAGUCAGCACUAAGGACAUUAGGCAAGCUAGAAGAAGAACAUAUGGUGAUAGUCAUAGUCAGAGACACGGCCUAGCCCAAACCUGUCUUUUCCAGCUCCAUGUUUGUGUCACAAAAGCAGUUAUUUUAAAAUCUGAUCCACUCUCUACCCUACACCAUUGGUUUGAAUUCUCUGCUGGGUUCUUUUGGUGAGGAUCAAAGGCCUGUCCACCACCAAAAACUAAGUUCUUAGAUUUGGGGGGAUUUAUUUUUUUUACAAUGAUGAGAAGGGACUCCUGUUAUGUUGAUUUCUAGUGUACAAGAUACUGUCUGCUGUGUUCUGUAUUUUUUUAAUUUUUUGACUAACUGUAUGGAAAGUUGUCAGUAAAGCCUUUGUCAGAGGAUGGAUUUUUAAUCCUG